AUGAUCAUUGAGAAAUUUGUGAGGGUAAUUUUUGGACUUAAGUAAAAUUUCCUCAUUGUUCUGUAGCAUGUUUUAAAUCUGAACUAAAAGAUCAUUUAAACAAAUUUUCUACUUUAUUAGAAUAAUAAAAUAAAGAAAAAAAUGGAAUUACUUAAUGCACAAUUUGUUUUGAAGAUGUUCUUGACAAAAAAAAAUAAAUAAGUUGUUCUCAUUCGCUUCAUUAAGAAUGCAUAGAUAAUUGGUUUAAAUAACAAAAACAAUGCCCGAUAUGCAAAACACUACAGAUUAUAUGAUUUAUAAACAUAAUGA